GAGGGUGUGGCCUCCAACAGUCUGGAGGACGAGCUGGAGGUGACCACGUACUGGUGGGGGGAGUGGGCAAAGUGGACCGCCUGCACUCGAACCUGUGGAGGUGGCGUGAUGUCACAAGAAAGACACUGCCUCAAACAGAGAAAGAAAGUUGCUGCUGGUAAAGACAACAUGACGUGCACAGGAACUGCUAAGAAGUAUCACCUCUGCAACACUAAAGAGUGUCCGGCCACUGGGCGGAGCUUCAGAGAGGAGCAGUGCUGGUCCUUUAACUCACAGCUUUACAGUGGGAGGAACUACCAGUGGAAACCUCUGUAUCCUGACGACUAUGUUCACAUCUCAAGCAACCCCUGUGACCUCCACUGCACCACGACCGAUGGCCAGAGGCAGCUGAUGGUGACGGCUCGAGACGGAACGUCCUGCAAGUACAGCAGCUACCGCGGCGUCUGCGUGGACGGUAAGUGUGAGCCAAUCGGAUGUGACGGAGUUCUGUUUUCCUCCAACACGUUGGAUAAGUGCGGCGUCUGUCAGGGCGACGGCAGUAGCUGCAGCAGAGUCACUGGAAACUUCCGCCGCGGAGCCACGACUCUGGGUUACGCUUUUAUUACUCAAAUCCCUGAAGGAUCAUGGGACAUCCAGAUCAUUGAGAGGAAGAAGUCAGCUGAUGUUCUGGCUGUGACCGACCAGGCGGGAAACUUCUUCUUCAACGGAGCCUACAAGGUGGACACUCCUCAGAACUUCCACGCUGCCGGCGCUGUCUUCAAGUACCGUCGACCCAUGGACGUGUACGAGACUGGGAUCGAGUACAUCGUCGCCAAAGGCCCCAUCGAUCAGGCGAUCAAUAUCCUGGUGUGGAACCAGAACGGACGAACUCCGUACAUCACCUACGAAUACACUGUCAUGCGGGACUCCCUGCCGCCCAUCCCGCCUCCUCCUGUCUACACUGGGUCCGACACCUCGGCUGGUGAGGCAUCUGUGGAGGUGGGGACGCUGUUGUCCCCUAACAGCAGCGUCUAUGAGCAGGUGGGCCCUCAGGGCCAGCUGGACCCGGGGGCCGCAGACGGCCAGAAGGGUCAAGAGACCAAUGAGGUGUACGAGGAGGCGGCGGCCAUCGACUGCGACCAGGACGGAGUGGCUGCCCCAAAGUUCACAGAAGGAAACAGCAGUCACACAGGCAGCACCGUGAACCCUGCCGCUGCCGGUGGAGCCCUGGAUUCAGGACCAGAUUCACCAAACCUCAUCUGGAGGGUCCUGCUGGACGGACGAAUCAGCCCCGACGAGCUGCUCAUCAACAUCUCCACCAAUCAGCUGCUGACUGAGGGCGGCGGCUUGUUCUUGUCGGAGCUGGGACCAGGCGACGUGGACCUGAGCAGCCUGGAGCGAGAGUUUGGUCUGAACGAGACGCUGGAAUUCACUCUGGGCCGCAAACGCAAUGACAGCAGAGACACGGUGUACCAGAACAAGACGGUGCAGAACGCAGGGAGGACGUCCAGCCGCUCCAACAGAACCAG